CACACACCGACCCCGGUUGGCUGAAGACUUUUGACAAGUACUACCACGACCAGACGCGUAACAUCUUCGCUUCCAUGCUGAAGCAGCUUCCCCUCGAUAAGAGGAGGAGAUUCAUCUAUGCAGAGAUAUCCUACUUCUCCGUGUGGUGGGAGAAGCUCGAUGAAACGCAGCGUGCCACGGUCAGGAGGUUGAUAGAGGAUGGGCAGCUGGAGAUAGUUACGGGAGGCUGGGUGAUGACAGACGAAGCCAACUCUCACUACUACGCCAUCAUUGAUCAGCUCAUCGAGGGACACCAGUGGCUCGAGCUGCAACUAGGUGUGAAGCCGACCUCGGGAUGGUCGAUCGAUCCGUUCGGACACUCGUCGACGAUGGCGUACAUCCUGAAGAGAGUCGGUCUCACCAACAUGUUGCUGCAGCGAGUGCACUACAGCGUCAAGAAACACUUCGCACGCGAGAAGCAGCUAGAGUUCAUGUGGAGACAGAACUGGGACCACAACUCAUCGACUGACAUGUUCACGCACAUGAUGCCUUUCUACUCGUACGACGUCCCGCACACCUGCGGACCCGACCCAAAGAUCUGCUGCCAGUUUGACUUCAAGCGUCUGCCGCUGUCCAAGGUGCGGUGUCCGUGGAGGAUUCCCGCGCAGGCCAUCACCGACACUAACGUGCACGAGAGGUCCCACCUGCUGCUGGACCAGUACAGGAAGAAGUCCCUGCUCUACCGCAGCAACGUUGUGCUUGUGCCUCUGGGAGACGACUUCCGCUGGGACACGACCAAGGAAUGGGAUGAUCAGAUCACUAACUACCAGAAGCUGUUUGACUACAUGAACAAGCAGGCGGGUUGGAACGUGGAGGCGAAGUUCGGCACGCUCAAGGAGUACUUUGACGCGAUCUGGGAGCGUAACGACGUGUUGCCGGGGCAACGGCCACCAGGGUUUCCGGUGAUAAGCGGCGAUUUCUUCACGUAUGCGGACAAGGAUGACCACUACUGGGCCGGCUACUUCACGACGCGGCCCUUCUACAAGAACAUGGAUCGCGUGCUGGAGGCAGCACUAAGACAACUUUACACGUGUUUCAUGUUCUCACAGGUCAUCGUACAGGACAUGUUUACGGGCAAGCAGGUAGAAGCACAAGUCAACCCUGUUUGGGAAGACUGGGAGACUAUUUCUGAUACUCGAUUUGAGCUGGUGUUUGUGGCGAGGUUGCCGGCUAUCGGGCUGAGGACGUACAACGUCACGGCCGUGUCAAAGGUCGUUGCCACGACGCGGCUGGGGAAGGUGGCGCUGUUCAACAGUCGCUCCUUUAACAAGCAAACCAAGUCAGUGUUCAGCGUCGUGAUACCGCCCUCACCUGAGCUAUUGUUCAGUAUUGAGAAUGCCUACAUGAGAGCACUGUUCUCUCCACGCAGCGGCUUACUGCAGUCCGUCACAUUAAAGGAGGAUGACACUCGGGUGAAGACGGAACUAGAGUUUCUGAAGUACGGCACGAGAGAGAAGUCGAAGGACAAGAGUGGAGCCUACCUCUUUCUUCCGGACGGAGAGGCGAAGCCUCUAGUCUACGCUGCUCCCCUCGUGCGCGUCGUUCGAGGCAACAUCGUCUCGGAGGUUCACGUCUUUCUGCCGCACGUUGAGCAGGUGGUACGUCUCACCAACUCCCCGGGUGUGGAUAUAGUGUCGCUGGACAUAGUUAACCUGGUCGAUAUUAAGCUUGAGAAGAACAAGGAGUUGGUGAUGCGUGUGUACACCGACGUGACGAAUCACAAUAGGGAGUUCUACACCGACCUCAAUGGCUUCCAGAUGCAGAAGCGGAGGACGCGUCCCAGCAUGCCGCUGCAGGCGGACGUUUACCCGAUGUCCACGAUGGCGUACGUGGAGAGUGAGAGCACACGCGUGUCCAUACUCACGGGACAGGCCCUAGGAUGCACGAGCCGCGACACAGGACAACUGGAGGUGAUCCAGGAUCGGAGGCUAAUGCAGGACGAUCAGCGAGGCUUGAUGCAGGGCUUGCUCGACAACAAGAGAACAGCUAACAAGUUCCGUCUGCUUGUCGAGCGACGACAACGAGACAGAGUCGAUAAGCUUAAGGUUGGGGGAGGCAGCAGCAGCAACACUAGCGUCAGCUUCCCAUCGUUGCUGCGGUCACUGGUCCAGCGCGACGAUGCUGCAUCCGAUCGUCAUGGCAACGCAGAACGUCGCUCACCGCGACACGCCGCUGCUCAGCGGAUACGCCGGCCUCGCUGAUGGACUGCCAUGUGACAUACACCUAGUCAACCUGAGGACGUUGCAAGAGAAGCCGGUAGGAGCAGACGACUUUCAGCCCAAGGACGAGGCGGCCAUGUUGCUGCACCGGUUCGGUCAUGACUGCA